UGCUGUCUCUGGCUGCAGGUCUAGUGGCCCUUGCCGUGGAAUCCAUGAUGUUCAGACAGGCCCAGCGCCUGCUGGGCCCAGGGCUCCAACGAUCCAAGGCCUGGGGGCUCCAACGAUCCGAGGCCUGGGGGCCCCAACAAUCUGAGGCCUGGGGACCCAGGAGAAACAGCCACAAACAAAGCUUGCCCCAGGAGGCUGACAUUCCCUUUGCCAGAGCUGGCAUCGGAACAUUUUUCCAAGGGCAGCCCAACCUUGGCAACCAGUACUUGGAAGAUGCUUUGCUGAGGGGCUCUCUGAAGAGGCAGCUGCCUGCCCAGGUCUUUGCAGAAGUGAAUCAGGAUCUGCAGAGGUUUGGAGCCCGAGUAUCAGAUGAGAUCCUCUCCCUGGGGCUGGAAUGUGAGGCCACGCCCCCCAGACUGCAGCAGUUUGCCGGGGGUCAGCGUGUGGACCGCAUCCUCACCUGCUCUGCUUGGAAGAGGCUAAAGGAGAUUUCUGCUGAGGAGGGGUUAGUCGCCAUAGGCUACGAGAGGAAAUACUCCAGCUGGAGCCGCAUGUACCAGGUAGCCAAGCUGUUCCUGUUCUCCUCCUCUUCUGGAAUGUUCAUUUCCUCCUUGGCCAUGACUGAUGGUGCUGCCAAAGUCCUGGAGGUGAUGAACCCCUCAGGGCUGCCAGGGGAAGCUGUAGGCCAUCUGACUUCGCGUGACCCAAAGCGCUUCUGGACCUCCGGCCAGUGGAUGACCGAGCGCAAGGGAGGCUCCGAUGUGGCCCAUGGCACCGAGACGGUGGCCCUCAAGCAGGAAGAUGGCACGUAUAAACUCUUCGGAUUUAAGUGGUUCACAUCAUCGACAGACGCCGACGCAACGUUGACCCUUGCCCGGAUCAUGGACGCUCAAGGAUCCGUCACCAAGGGGACCCGGGGGCUGUCCCUCUUCUUCCUGAAGCCUCGAGACGAGCAGGGCCAGCUGAACGGUCUGGAGGUACAACGUCUGAAGGAGAAGCUGGGCACCCGCCAGAUGGCCACUGCUGAAUUGCUGCUGGACGGGACCCGGGCACAUCUGGUCUCCCAGGAGGGCUGGGGAGUGGCCACCAUCGCCAACAUGCUGACCAUCACCCGGAUAUACAAUGCCCUAGGUGCCGUGGGCGCCAUGAGGAGGAUAGUCAACAUGGCCCGAGAAUAUGCCACCCACAGGUUUGCAUUUGGAAAGUUCAUCAAAGACCACCCACUGCACACCCAGACGCUGGCCCAGAUGGAGGUGCAGACUCGAGGUGCAUUCCUCUUGGUUAUGGAGCUGGCCAGGUUGCUCGGCCUGGAGGAGACCAACUUGGCCAGCGCACAAGACUCCUACCUCCUCCGAUGGCUGACAUCCGUGACCAAGCUUUAUACUGCAAAGCAGGCAAUAGCUGUUGUCCCCGAGGGCCUGGAAUGCUUUGGUGGGCAGGGCUACAUGGAGGACACGAACUUGGCAGGCAUUCUUCGAGACACACAGGUGCUGCCCAUCUGGGAGGGAACCACCAACAUCCUUGCCUUAGACACCCUACGGGUCCUGGUCAAGAGCCAAAGGCAAGUGAUGCAGGCCUUUUCAGCAUCUGUCCAGGAGAAGGUGGCUUCUGCUUCUGGCCACUCAGAGCUGGCUCCUUCCGUCCAGCGCGUGCAGGAUGCCCUCAGGAGGCUGGCCUGGCAGGUAGAGAGGCUCCUAGGGCAGGGCAGCACCUCCAUGGAAGUGGCAGCCAGGGCCCUGAGCUAUGCACUGGCCCGGAUCUACACAGGGGCACUUUUGAUAGAGCAUGCAGCCUGGGCUGAGGCUUCCCCUUCUGAUGUCUAUGCUUCACAGAGGUGGUGUGAACAAGACCUCUGCCCCUUGGACACUGCUCAGCGAGCUGGCUGCUAUGGGGCUGAUGCUGUUUGCAGAGACACAGCUCUGGUCUAUGAGGCAAGCUCCACUUUCACAGGAGAAGCAGGUGCCCAGGUUUCACCACUAAGAGAGAACUAAACAUGGCAGAGGUCCUUCACCAAAAGGGAAACCAAGUCAACCCGAAGCUGACAUCUUAAACAUACCAUAUGCCCAAGGACCGUGAGCAUGUCUUAAACAUGCUGAAUUCCUAAUGUUCAAUAAGAUGUACACAUAUGCAAUGUUACAUACAUGUGUAUGUAUACAUAGAUUUGUUGUUAUUCAAGUCA